AUGGAUUCCAAAUUCUCUUUCUCCGAUAUUCCUGCUCACAGACAGAAGUCAGAGCCACUGGCUGGAGCAAUUGCGCCUAUCACCACUUCGGAAAUGUUCAAAAGUUCAAGAUGUUCUCAAAAACCAACAGCCAAAUCCUUUGAACACCGACUGAAUCUCGAAGCCAGAUCUCGUGGUGCGGCAACUCUGAAAGCCGCUGGCGCUGAGCUCAACGGUGAUGUCAUUAGUCUAGGUACUGGAAGACCCUCCCCAGAGUACUUUCCUUUUCUCAGAAUGUCCAUGGAGUUUCCUAGUGGACCAGAGUUCCUGGAAAAUCCUAAACACCCAAGCUCUAGAGCGAUUGGCAAAUAUGAUAUCCAAGACAAGAACUCCGCAUUUGACAUCGCCGUAUCCCUCAACUAUGGUCAUAGCGCAGGGUCUGAGCAGCUCAUACGCUUCUUGACUGAGCAUGUUGAUGUUGUGCAUAAUCCGCCUUAUUCGAACUGGCAAUGCUCAUUGACUGCGGGAACCACUUCAGCUAUUGACUGUGUCUUUCGGACUUUUUGUGAACGGGGCGACUUCAUCAUCACGGAAGAGUACACUUACUCUGCCACCCUUGAAGCAGCACGACCCCUUGGCGUCCGUACUGUCGGUGUCCCGAUGGAUGACCAAGGCCUAUCGGCCAACAAACUUGAUGAAUUGCUUUCAGGAUGGGACUCUUCGGAACGAGGAGCCAGAAAGCCAUUCCUGCUUUACCUGAUCCCGACGGGUCAGAACCCCACAGGCGUCACACAGAGCCUUGAAAGGCGUAGGGAGAUUUAUACUGUUGCCGAGCGACAUGAUCUGUAUAUCAUUGAAGACGACCCAUACUACUUCCUGCGACUUGGCUCUAGCGGCCAUACAAGCGCAACAAAUGGCAGCCAACAGACCUGUCCUGAAGCAGAAGUGGUUGAUUCAUUUCUACGUGAACUCGUCCCAUCGUUCCUUUCUUUAGACGUGUCCGGACGAGUCCUGCGCCUUGACUCGACUUCCAAAAUUCUUGCCCCAGGACUAAGAUGCUCGUGGAUGACGGGGUCCGCCGAGAUAAUUUCUCGCUUUCUCUUUCUCCAUGAUGCUACUGUUGUCUGCCCGAGUGGGCUUUCUCAACUGGCUGUACAUACACUCUUGGAUGAAGUAUGGGGUCAUGAGGGGCUCAUCAAGUGGCUCAUUUACCUGCAGAGCGAAUACACCGAGCGCCUAAAUGUUAUGCUCCAAUCAUGCGAGAGGUACCUGCCCGGAGAUAUCUGUUCUUGGCAGACACCAAAGGCUGGCAUGUUCCAUUGGAUCAAAAUCGAUUGGCGAACACACCCGAUGGCUACAAGCGCUUACAAGUCAGAAUUUGAAAGGAUGCUUGAUGUCGAGGAUCGAAUUUAUUGCAAGGGAUUGAAAAUGGGCGUCAUGUGUUGUAAGGGAAGUACAUUUCGGGCGGGUGGUGCACAGGAUUGUGAUAUGUUCUUUCGUGUGACAUUUGCAAGCGCCUCGCUUCCCCAGAUAACGGAAGCAAUCGCAAGAUUCGGUAAUGCUAUAUGCGAGGAGUUCAAACAGGCAAAUUGA